CUAAGGCCCCGCGAACGUUGAAAGUUAAUUGAACGAGAAAUUAAUACGGAUUACAGAGCUGUGGCCAUCACCACUGAGCUCCCUCCUCCCAGCUUUCCUCGACCAACCACCCCAAUGUUUCCUCUUCUCCUCCAGCUCUUCCUCUUUCCCUUCAUCGCAUCUGCGGCCUCCCCCUCUCGGUCUAGUUACGGCCUCUCCUACUCAAUUGACUGUGGCGGCAUCUCCAACUUCACCUCUGACCUCAACCGUCAAUGGCUCUCCGAUCGCUACUUCACUGGCGGCGCCAUUGGUACUGUAGCCGAACCCCAACACUUCACUCAACCACAGGAACGCACUCUCCGCUUCUUCCCCCCAAACUCGUUCGGAAAAAAGAGCUGCUACUCCAUCCCCGUCCCCCCUGGCCGCUUCUACCUUCGUACUUUCACCGUCUAUGAUAACUACGACUCCAAGAUGCGAAAUCCCUCCUUCGACGUCUCAAUCGAAGGCACUCUCGUCUUCUCAUGGCGCUCUCCUUGGCCCGAACCAGUCGCGCGCAGUGGCGCCUACGCUGAUCUAUUUUUCCCGGCCGCAGACGGAUCCGCCGACCUCUGCUUCUACUCCAUUGCCACGGAUCCUCCCGUCGUCGCCUCAAUUGAGAUAUUCCAGAUCGACUCCCUUGCUUAUGACGCUGCCACUGCUGGAUCCGACUUCGUUCUCGUUAACUACGGCCGGCUUUCCUGCGGUUCUGCACUAUUCGGUCCUGGUUUUACGAAUCACUCCGAUCUCUUUGGUCGCGUGUGGCAAUCUGAUGCCGAUUUCCGCGACCCGAAAGUUAAAGUGAAAGCCCUCUCAUCCGGCGGGCGCAAGGUGCUCGGCGGUGCUCACGCUCCAAAUUAUUUCCCACCGCAGCUAUAUCUCACGGCCGUCACCGUCGAGCAGCCUGGUGUAGGGCUCGAGUACCUUCUCCAGGUGGAUACUAGGCUCGACUACAUGGUUUGGUUCCAUUUUGCGGAAAUCGAUUCCAGCAUCAAUGCCGCCGGGCAAAGGGUUUUCAAUAUCCUUAUCAACGGGAAAAAUGUUGCCAGCAUAGACAUAUUCAAGGCGGUCGGCGGUUUUGCAGCGUUUGAUUGGCAUUAUAUUGCGAAGAACCUAACCACCUCGCCGCUUAGCUUGAAGCUUGUUCCGGUUGUGGGGCAGCCCGUUAUCUGCGGGCUUGAGAAUUAUGCCAUGGUGCCUCUGGAUCUUGCGAGUCUGCCUGGCCAAGCAAGUGCGAUGAGGGCGUUGAAAGAGUCGCUUAGGAUACCUGAUAGAAUGGGAUGGAACGGGGACCCCUGUGCUCCUACUACAUGGGAUGCUUGGGAGGGAGUUACUUGCCAUCGUACUGAGGAAGGGCUUGUCAUCACGCAGCUUGAUCUUGGGAGCCAGGGUUUGAAAGGUUACGUUAGUGACCAAAUAAGUCAACUAUCCAACUUGGUAAGCUUGAACUUAAGCUCUAACUCGUUGAAGGGAGAAUUGCCAUCAGGUCUAGGUCAAAAAUCUCUUACUAAAUUGGAUUUGUCUGGAAAUCAGUUUACUGGGAGUAUUCCGGAAAGCUUAGGAUCAUCAAAUUUGCAACUUGUCUUGUUAAAUGAUAAUGAAUUGGAAGGACAGGUUCCGGAAAAGCUAUAUUCAGUUGGCGUGCAUGGCGGAGUAAUUGAUCUCUCAGGGAACAAUGGAUUAUGCGGCGUACCAUCUUUGCCAGCAUGUCCCUUCUUUUGGGAUAAAAGGAAGUUGUCUACUCGAGGAAAGAUUGCAAUUGGUUUAUCAUGUGGGGUUGUCAUCAGCAUUCUAUUGCUCCUAUAUGUAGUAUGCAUCAAAAGGGGAAGGAAUGAUUAUGAUUUUGGGCCACCUCAGGAUUUGCUAUCUUCAGCAAUUGCUUCGAAGAGAAACAAGUACCAGAGGCAGAAAAUGCUUCUUGAGAUGGAGUCUCAACAUUCAGAUGGAUAUGUGGCUCGCGUGAAUCCCCAUUGAUAGCUUCUUGAAGCAUAAGCUGAAACAAUCUGCCUAUUCUUUGAAUCUUUGGCUUCUCAAAUGGACGAAAAAACUACCAGAAAUUGAGCUUCAGGAAUGGAAGCUUGGUUGCUCAAGAAGGCUUUUUGUUGGUACACGAAGUGUGUUCCCUAUUCUCUCACUAUUUGUGUAUGUAUAAGCUUCAUGAAAGUAGCCUGUACAUCUGUACUAUACGUAAAUCUCUCCAUUUAAAAUAGUAGAACCUUUUUUGCCUUCCUAAAUAUAGCACUAAAAAAAUGAUCAUUCUUUCUUCUUAAA